GUGAAUCAUGUCGACAGUUUUGACUAGACUCGAAGCGCAAACAUCGUUAAGUCGAUCUAAUGAAAAUUUGAUCGAUCCGAUGAUAGAAACAGAGAUGUGUAGCAUUAAUGUACACGAAGAUGAGCGAACGCCAGUUUUCACUCAUGCCCCGGACUGUCUGAGAUCGAAUGGUCUACCGACAUGUACCUGCGAUGAACUGCCAAUCUUGGUUACUGCAGAACAUUCGCCUCUUAUAGCAUACCAAAACUACAGCGAAGGGGCCGAUGUUAGCUAUCUGACAGAUAUUCAUUGUCACGAAAGUAAACCUAUUUAUUCGAAUGCAAGGGCAAGGAAGAAACUGGUCAUAGCAAGCGUGGUUUGCCUGCUUUUCGUGAUCGCAGAGGUCGUUGGUGAGUAUUAUCUUUGGAUGGAAUUUUGUGUGUAAUGUGAGUGGUCAGAAUCAGUACUCAUGUGUGCACUUGGCUGUUUUUUUUCUUUUUGCAUAAGUAGCGAGGGAAUUUUCUAGAUUAAAAUUGUUUCCAAGAUCUAAUCUGCCUCUUGCCCCCGCGGCUCUACACAGUGAGAUGCGGAUGAGAGACUGUGGGUGAUGAUUAGAGUAUUACGCAAUUCCUCGCCAUUUCGACUCCUGAGGAAUCUUCCUCAUUAAUAAGUGUGUAAAUAAACCGAAAUACGCCUGAGAAGAGAUAAAUCUAAAGUGUUGCUAUAGAUUGCUGGAUAGCGUUUAAUAUCCUGUGGUAUGUGAUUUUGCACUAGUAUAGGUUCGAACUGAACACAAAUUGAAAUUUAAUCUUUCGGAAUUUCAUUAAUCCAGAGGAUAUUAGGAGCGGACGAAGGGCUGUUAAACGCUCGAAACGUCAGCCAUAGAAAAUGUCUACGGUGGCCAAUUUACCUCAUUAUAUCAGUGGAAAAAACAUUCAUUUCGUAUCGCUUCGGCCGCCAACAUCGAGGGAACAAUUAUAAUUUAAUUUGUCAAUUUGAGGCUCAAGGCGGAGGAAAAUGUUCACGGAAAUUAUCGUGGCUCAGAGAAAUAUUAAUUACGCAAGAGCUGACGAAAAUCAGAAACAACCGAAUAUCGGGCAAUUCUUUAAAAAAUAAUGAAUUCGGCUGCGAUAUCGAUCAUGCCAUAAAUUUGCAUUCGUCAUCUGUUCAGGCGUAAGUGCGAAAAAUUACCUUGCGAUCGCUCAAUUAACUUUCAUUGAUAGUAGGGAAACUCCUAAGUGUAUACUCCCCGUCAGGCGUUAAAUGUUGUCGGAUAUACUGAUUGUUUCUUGCAAAAUUUUUGUUUUGAUCAUUACAAAAAAUAUCAAACUAUUUCAGAAGUAUCCUUUGGGUAAUAUUGCAUGAUAUGUGACAUCCCUAACUCGAUUUUCUAGCAAUAUGCUUAUAUUGUUUGACAUGUUUUCGUAUUAUUUCCGACAUACGUAUUACAUAUACCAUUGUUCUAUACUUAACUAGCGUGAAAACUAUACAUAAAUAAGUGAUGAUACUGUAAUUAUAGAAUAUAUAACUCACUCCAUAUGCCAAAAUUUAUUUUUUAAUUACUUCUUCAAUGAAUUAUUAUUAAAAUAAUCAUACUGUGCACUUAAUCUUCACAAUCUCUAGUUUUCUGCUUAGGUGAAAGCAAUUUAUUAUUUUUUUAAAGCUAAACCUUGUUGUAACAUGUAGCUAUUUUAUAUUUACUUUGAUCUUUGGUUUAACCCUUUAACUCCCAGAUCAAAUUUGUCAUUCUCCUAAUUGUCAACCAUACAAUUCUAAUAAUGUUAGUUCAGAGAAUUUAGUAUUCAACUAAUUAUUCCUAAAUAGAUUAUUUUUCUUUACUCUCAUUACUUAUUUGGUUGAUAUUGUAUUGAUGUUGUUAGGAGAAAUUCUGUCUUGGUCACUUAUGAGAGUUAAAGGGUAAAAAUAGAAAAUAGGCCAAGGCUGUGCUCUAGCAGCGCCCGGUCGCCUCAGGCGACUAACAUUUGGUCUCGGGCAACUGAAAAAGAAAAGCGGUCGCCCAUCUGGGCACAAAGAUUUCGGCUUGUGUGAAACCCGAAAUGAAACCAGCAAAUGUAUAGAAACGGAACGGAACGAAGCAAAAAGAAACUCCAUUGUGCUCCCCAGCUCCCGUUAGCCCGAAAAGCAAAAGCGCUGAAAGCGCAGUGCAAUCAAUAGCCUGUGUGAUCUGUACAUUUAGGUUAAAUAUUAAGUUAGGUCAUGGGUCUUGUUUUGCUUCGGUGGUUUCUCUUCUGGUUUAUUAAUAUAGUACAUGGCCCAGGUUUCUUGUCCAUUGAAUGAUGCGAUAAAGCAAGCAACUGAUUGUAACUAACAUUUUAUAAUUUUACUUGCUAAUUUGAUGACAUUUGCAGAACUAAAAAAUAUUCAGCAGGACAACAACAAGAAUUGUUCACGCUCAAAGUUGUCGCGUGUGUUAUGUAAUAUUGUUUCACAUGAUUUAGCACAAAAAUUAUUUUUUCCUUGCCCGUGAGAAACUGCACGAUUUUUGCACAAACAUGUGUUGAAGAUCUAAUUUUUCUAUUGAAGUGGUUGAUGCUUAUAUUUAAUUUUUGCGUUUCAACAGUUUCAAUAGUGGAGCACGUGAUUAAUAAAACGAAACCGUCCUUUAUGCAAAUUUGUGUUUAUUUAAUUAGCUUUGUCCGUGGCAUGCAAGAUGUUUAUCAGCACCAUAUUUGGCGACUUGCUUGCAAUUGUAAUCAUUCGAUCAAAAUUUAUUGAUCAAUUAAUUAAUCAAUUCGGGCGACCAACCUUGAAGGCUGGGCGACCUACUUGUCAUGGUUAGGCGCCCGAAGGGCACCCUGAAAAUUUUCCUAGAGCACAGCCUUGUAGGCAAAAAAAAGGUUGCAGUUUGUUUGGGGAUUCAGUUACAUUUAUUGAAAGAAGUAAUGCAACAUAGACUCUUAUUUUCCUUUAUUGUUGUGAUUUGCUUGUUACUGUAGUCUUCCCAAAUAUAAAACAAAUCCUGUUAGAUAUUUUCUUACAAAGAGGGAAAAUUUAUAAACUUUAUCUCCCUUAAAUUUUCCUUCUAUUUUAGGAUCUUUUUUUUCACAUGCAUCCAUUUAAAUGAUGACUUUGCUUUGUGGGGAGAAAUCAGGACAGAACUCAAAUUUAGGUAGGGUAGGCAGGGUUCUCCUUUAUCAGGCAGUAACCGGUAAAAUUUAUUGCUUGUAAGAGCACUUAUUACUGCCCACAAACGCUCAGAACCCUUAAAAAAUACGCCUUUAUGGAGAGCCAAUCUGGUAACAAAGUGUAAUAACAAGCCAACAGUGUGCACUAUUAUAGAUCUAUGUGUGCUUUAGUUAGCUAACACUGACUGUUACCUUUUGAAUUUCGAAGCAAGAGUGAUUUUUGGCAGGCUUUGUGCUAAAUCUCAUGACAUUUGUCAGUUCUCUGCACAUGCAAAUUUGGUGUUGUUUAGUUGUUCAAUUUCCAUGAUGAAACAGCAGCAAACAAUGCUGUUGUUUCCGUCCAGUAAUGAGGUCAUGAAAAGUGGCUGGUAAGCUUUACAAGAAUUUUAGGGGUAAACAAAAGCUCUACAAUUGCCGGCUGUAUAAUGAACACGUGGGGACAAAGCUAGUCUUCAUCGUGAAAUUCUACUUUAAAUGUGUUUCAGACAAUGGUUUGAAAGUAGCCUUGAAGAUAAAAUCCCUUGACAGCAUAAAAGUUCUGAAUUUGAGACGAUUAGAACACAAAUUAAGCUAUUCAGUGUGAUUCGAUUUCAUAGCAAUGUGAUUCGUUAGCUGACACCACUGAUUUUCCAGCGAUAUGCCAUGUAAGUGAUGCCAAAGAUAUCACCUGAAAUUGAAGGGAGACCAGUUUACAUUAUAAGCAGUUUGGAAAGGGCAUAGUCAGAUAUAAUGCUUUUAAACAAAAUUUUACUCUGUUUUGUUCAACCUCUGAACCUAAAGGUGUAUUGUUCACAUUAUGAAUUUUUUUUGAUGGAAAAUUUUUGACAGGCAUGAUGUACUGUAUGCUUUAGGAAAUGACAAAGUUGAGAAUGACCAGCCACCUCUAGCUGCAAAUGUGCUUUACUGGUUUGAAAAGGUCCCUUACCUGUUGUGCUGAAAACUAGGGAGAACCCUGGGUAGGGUGGAGAGGUGAUCUCUAGAUUUUCAGAGACAUCUGUGAAAACUUGUAAUGGCAUCCAAACCUGAAGAUAAACAGGUUUGGAUACCAUUUCACCUGGAUAGACAGGUUUUGGUUUUCUUGCGAUUUUAACUAAAACUCAUUUUCAGCGACUCAUUUCUAAUAUAUCUGGUGAUAAACCAUCUGGAAUUCUGUCCACAGGUGGUUUGCUUGCUGGCAGUCUUGCCAUCAUGACAGAUGCUGCCCAUAUGUUAUCUGACUUUGCAUCAUUUUUAAUCAGUCUUUUUGCUAUCUGGGUUGCUCGGUGGCUUCCAGAUAAGAGGAAGACCUUUGGCUAUUACAGAGCAGGUAAAUAAGAUGUGAAUUAAUUUGUUCUUGACUUUGUAAAGCACAGGGGAACCUCAAUUCAGGAGAUAUCCUUGAGACCAGAGCAAGUGUCCCUUGAGUACAGAUAUCCCCUGAUUAAAGGUUGGGUUAAGGGUUUGUUAAUAAUUAACCAUGCCAUGUUUGUUCAGAGUUGAUUCGAGCCAAAAUGUCAAAUGGUUACUGUCCCUGAUGUGUGCCUCUGUCACUUGUGGACUGAAACUACUCUCACAACUGGCAACAAAAUUAAAGAUGUCAUCAAAAGAUAACAUGCUAUCUUCACACAUGAAAAGAUCACUGUUGCUAUGGUUAAAUUUAAAAAUAAUGCCUUUCGAAAUGAUUUAGUAUUUCAUUAGUGUUAAUGUGAUGAAUAGAAUAUAAAUAGAAUAUUUGUCAACACAAAGAGAAAUUUUCUAUCUUGGUGCGGCCAUGUAAUGUGCUUGACAUAAUUAUUGCAUGAAUUUGUUUUGAUUGUUUUCAUGUAUUCUCUUUUUAGAGGUGCUUGGUGCUCUUGUGUCAGUUCUCAUCAUUUGGGUGUUAACAGGGGUGUUGGUGUACCUUGCUGUGAUAAGAGUCCUGUCAAAUGAUUUUAAAAUAAAUGCAGAUAUCAUGCUUAUUACAGCAGGCAUAGGAUUAGGAGUGAACAUCUUGUAAGUUGGCAUCAUUUGUUUGUAUAGACUUGCACAUACAUAGAUUUGGAAGUCAAGAUAAUUUUUUCUUCUGCUGUUAUUGCCACUUCCUGUGGUAAUGGUGGCAACCUUGUUGUUAAGACUGGUGACUGCUCUAAGUCUGUUUGUAAAAUGUGAGCUCACGCACAGCCAAGUUUGGAAAGCCAACAAAUAAUGAACUGUUUCUGGCACCUUAGAAAAUGUAUUAGGGAACAGUAUGAAGAAUAUAAUGUAAUACUGAUGUUAGGGUCUAAAGGUUAACCCUUACACCCUUACACCCUAACAUCAGUAUGCAUAUUCUCCAUACUGUUCUCUAAACAUUUCCUAAGGUGCUGACAUGGAGAAUUUGUCCAACAAUCAAGAGCUUCUUUUGUUGCUGAUUAGCUCCUUCAUUCUCCUGACCUUUUUGUUUGAUUUAGGGGUACAUGGUUAAGAGAAAUUAGAUGCCAGUCACUACUAGAGGUUAAAGGGUUAAAACAAUUUUUUUUCUUUUGUAUUAGGCUUGGUAUUAUUCUCCAUCAGACAGGUAUUGGACAUAAUCACAGCCAUGGUGGUGGAGGUCACUCUCAUGACACCAGCCAUAGCCAUAAUGGAAAAUUUGAAACUGUUUCUACCAAUCGCAUUUCAAGAAGUGGAAGCUUGGCCUCUGAGAAACAAAACAUCAAUGUACGAGCUGCAUUUAUUCAUGUUUUAGGAGACAUUGUUCAGAGUGUGGGAGUCCUUAUUGCAGCAUACAUCAUCAAAUAUAAGGUAACAAUGAAAAGGAAUACCCCCUCACUAAACAUAUACUGUUAGUGUAGGUAAUAAGAUGAUUUUGGGUACAAUUUGGUGUUAGUAAGUACUGUAUGAGUACAUUUUGUAUGGCAAGUGCAAUUUGUACUCUUUGAAAUGUUUACAAGUGCUUAUUUAUACCAAAUUGCACAAGAAAUCAUGUCAUUACUUAUUAAUAAAUUACAUGAAAAAAUGAUCACAGAAGGUCAAGACAGAUGGAAUUUUGAUAGCAUGCAUGCACUUUUGCAUGUACUUUUGUGAUGGCUUAGUUUACAGGAUUCCCUAUGAAUGCAGCAAAGUGUACAUCAGAGGGACUGGAAAACCUAUGCAAGACAAAAUUAAGGAGCACGACCGAGACAUUCGACUCGCCUGUACCGAGAAGCAAUUUAUAUAAGACUUUACCCCAACAACAUCAACAGGGAUAGUGGAAUAGAAUUAAAAAACACAACAACAGGAGAGCCAUGCGACAGCAGACCGCCGAGGGAGCAAAUCACUGAGUGUACAGCAAGGAUCGAAAUGCACCAAUCAGAGUUGUCGAAAAAACAACUAAUCACAGCAGAGCAUCAUGCUUUAUAAGAUCACGCAUGACCAGUCGACCUCAUCACCUGAAGAAGACUAGCAGUAUGCAGUCGAAACAUCUUGAUCUACAUCACACGUGACUACAUCAUGAGACAAAUGAAAAACUUAGCUUUUAAUUGCACUCAUGUUACAACUUUGCACUCAUGUUACAUGAAAAAUGCAUUUUUUUCAGUUAAUCAGAAACAUAAUGUGUGGCAUGGUAAUUUAAUGCAUUGGGAAAAGACCUUAAAUUGUCCCAUCAUACCCAAGGUUGUAGGAAGAAAAGGAAAGCUGUUUCAAACCCCCCCUGACUGCUUCAACUGCUAUGACCCAGUCUAAUUUUGCUAUUUUUGUGUCCAACAGCCUGAGUGGAAGCUUGCUGACCCUAUAUGCACUUUCCUUUUUUCUCUGUUGGUUCUUCUAACAACUCUAAACAUUCUCAAAGAGACAAUUCAUGUUUUGAUGGAAGGUAAGCAGAUACUGUCAAAGCUUUCUUUAUUGCUAAUUAAAAUCAAACAGCUUGAAUUCUUUGACCAGUUCACUAUUGUUGUCAGUCAGGUAGUACUCUCCCAAUUGAUGAUAAAAGUACUGCUGGUCUUAAAGAAAUCCAAGAAAUAUCCUGGAGCAGUAAUUACAUGUACAUGUACAUGCUCAGCACCUGUUUGCAUGAUAGAGAAUUGGGAUUAGAGGGGGGGGAGGUGGUGCAACCAGGAGGAGGUAUGCAUCCAGGAAGAGGAGUUAGAAGGCGCCUUGUCUCCACAAACUUUGCAUUGAUCAAUAAAAACAGAUACCUGAGUGUUUGAAGUGGAAAUAUUAAACCCAAAAAGCAAUGGAUGCAGAUAAAAAUAAACACAAAUUGGAUAAAUUUUAUUUUGGGUUGUCUAAAUUUGCUCUCCAAGAUGCCUACCAGUAUUUGCAGCAGCUUAAACUGAAGAUUUUUAAAAGAAAAAUAUUUUCUUUAUGAAGUUCUGGGAUGAGGAAUUAAUUUCAUGUACAAAUUUAUUUGUAUUAAAGUGAUCACUAGAGUGCACCCUUGGUACAAAUAAACAGGGUUUGUUACUAGAUAGUUUGGGUUCAAGUUAUCAGUUUAAACCUUUGUUUUUUCAGAGGUAAAGCAUAAUUUAAAGAUAUUUAUAGAGGGUGGUGUGAUAAAUUGGAUGUUACAUUCCAUGAUAUGGCCUUGAAACUUGAUAUGUCUUCUCCUUGUUCCAACUUACUGGUAACGUCUGUAAAUUUUUUACCAGGCACUCCUAAAGAUAUCAAGUACAAUAAUGUAAAGGUAUCACUGGAGGGCAUUGAAGGAGUUGUAGCUGCACACAGUUUACACAUCUGGUCUCUGACAGUGAACAAAGCUGCAUUAGCUGUCCAUUUGGCAAUAGGUGUGUGUAUGAAUAAAACUUGAUUGUGAGACUUUUGGUGUUGAUUUUCAACCAUCUGUUAUGAACUCAGCUGUGGAGUAUUGAUGGUCAUAUCGGGAGGAGGUGAUAUGUAGUGUGGCACUUAUGACAAACAGAUGGGUCAAUGCAUAGUGCUGUCUUAACCCUUAAACCCCCAAGAGUGACCAGCAUCUAAUUUCUCCUUACCAUAUCAUCCCUGAAUCACACAGUAAGGUCACAAGAAUUAAGGGAAUGAUCAUAAACUAAAGAAGCUCUCGAUUGUUAAACAAAUUCUCCUUGUCAGCACCUUAGAAAAAUGUAUAGAGAACAUUAUGGAGAAUAUGCAUACUGAUGUAAGGUUCUUCUGGGCAUUGAGUGGGUUGCUUGACAAUAUUUUGUAAGUUUUUUUAUGGGCAAACCAAACUUGUGUGUACACUGGCCAACUAUUUUUGUCAAGGAAAAAAAUUGAUAGUUCACAAUCACAGUAAGAAAAUUGAUGAAACUUUGUUAGCUACCUUCAAAAAUGUGGGUUCCUGUUUGCUAGUUUUUACCCCACAAAUGAAGCUAGUGCACUUGAUAUGAUAUUCCAUAUUUAUCUGAUUGGUGUGAAGUAUCAACAGCUAGGAAUUCCUGAUUUGAAUUAUUUUCAAACGCAAUGUUAUUGAAUGAUCUUUUCUUCCAGAACAAGGAUAUGACUCACAGAAAGUCCUCAACAUUGCAAAUCAGAAGUUGAAGAACGAGUUCCGUAUCUACCACAGCACUAUUCAGGUAGAACUUUAUCAGGAAACUGUGAUGACCAACUGCUCUGAGUGUCAAGACUUGCAAGACUAAAUUUUCAGGAGUGCAUGAUGACAUGUGUGAGUACUGGGCCUUUGUGUCACUUUUGGCCACUCCCAUUAUGGUGAAAUCAGUAGAGUCAGUGGUCUUUUUCAAUAAAUUUGAAACUGUGCUUUAUAUUACCUGUUUCUGUAUAAUCAUAGUUAGUAUGGUAUAAUGAAUUGAAUUUAAAAGUCAUCACACUCAUACAAUUUGGUUAUUUUUACAAACAGUCAUUGAGUGUAUAUAGAAUUUAAGUAAAUGUCACUGAUUGUAAAGGUUGAGUUCAGUGAAGUCUCAUCUGUUGUGAUGAUCCAAAAUUUAAGUAUUAAGUUAUUUUAAAGUAGCAUUGCAAUGAAUAACAGGAUUGGCCAUGGGUCAAAAUCACACAAUCAGUUUGUUUGUGUAACAUUGUGCAGUCAACCACCAAAAAAUAACCUCACCCAAACACUUGGGUGUUGAGAACUGUGUAGGAUUGAUAAACAGUAGAACCUUGUGGUCUUGCAAAUCUCUGAGCCAAUCCAGGAAGCAUUGAAAUCUAUGUUAUUAUUUAUUCUUUUGAUAACAGAUUCCUCUACUAAGAAAAACAAGGCAGAAAUUGAGCUAAGUUUAAGCAAUCAGUUCUGAUUUCAGUUUGCGUUUUGCUGGUACACUGAAAGGCUAUGCAAUAUUUCUUUCUUUAAAAGGUGUUUUAAAAUUUUGACAACUUGAACUCUUCCUCUUACAAACAAUCAUAUAUUCUGAUGAUUUGAUAUGUGGAUUCUCACAUUGCAGCUAUUCAGGCUCUUGAAGAGCAGCAUGAACAAUGAUUGCAUGUAGUAGACACUAUUAAUUUUACUUUGUUGAAGAAACAAAUAACUUGUACACUUUGAUUUGUAUUAUAGCUAUAUGAUGUUUAUUUUAUACUUUGAAUAUCUGAUAUUAUUUCCUACAUUUUCAGUCAUAUAAUCAGAACAAUUGUUGAUCAGUUUUUCUGAUACCAUGUAAAUGAGUUUGUUCCCUUAACAUGCUACACCCACUAUGGAAAUUUCCCAAUUGCAGGGCUUUAACACUGUGACCAGUUUGGUCACCAUGAUGAUAAGAAAAAAAAGAUUGGUGAUUAAAGAGUUGAACUUAAAGCUUGAAGUAUAAUGGAACGAUGGGAUUUUUUUCCCUAGAAAAUAUUGAAUUUUUAAUUUUUUUUUCAGUUCUAACUUUGAGAGAAGCUUUAUGGUUUUUUUUUAGGUACUGAAUCUUAAACUUAGGGACCAGUUAUUUACACAAAGUCCAACCCAAACCACAGUUUAAUGCAAUCAGUGUGCCUCAGGCUUUCUCUAAAAGAGGGCUGAUUUGAUUAAAUCAAUGCCCUUUCACUGUUAGCUUUUGGCCCUCUUGACUCUGUUUCAGAUAACAAAUGUUCACAUAAAAGAGUUUGCUAAAUUGAAGAUUAUUUAGGAGGCGGUUUUGUUAAACAGUGGCUAAACUUUUUGUGUAUAAUUGCCCUAAGUUGUUAGAUCAUGGUAAUUUAUUUCAGAUAUUGAUAGAGACUAUAUUAUAUAACAAAAUCGAAUAAAAGAGU